AUGGGGAUACAAGAACGUCGGUGCGGCCUCCUUCGAAAAGCCGUGCUCCAUGCUCGGGGAAAGUGGCUGAAGGGCAAAGGCCUGAGCACGGAUUUUCGGUGUCGACAACAAGUUCUUGCGUGCGACUGUGCUGGCCUGGAUGCCCCGGUUGUAGCAGCUGGUUUGGUCGGUGUCGAUUUUCGCCAAGUGUUUGCGUCGGACAUCAAUCCGAGUGCCAUGGAAUGGCUACAGGCUCUGGGCCACGCCGAACGCCUUCACGGAGACAUUCUGGAAAGGCCUGUCUCGAUGCUGCCAGACGGUGUCGAUGGUUAUAUUGCGGGCUUCCCUUGCCAACCGUUCUCCCGGCAGAAUUGCCGCGCAGCAGGAUUCAAGGAUUCUCGGACAAGGGUUCUCAAUUGCUGCUUGCAGACGGCUCAGACCAUGAGGCCGCGGUUCAUCAUUUAUGAGAACGUGCUUGGUCUUCGCCCAUAUUUGGGACGCUUCCUGCAACUUGCUCGGAAGUAUGGCCUCUUGUCAUCCUACCAGAUGAUCAUGGUUCCGCUGUGUCCGCGCAAGUCCCUGAAUGAGCCUACUGCCCGUCCUCGACUCUACAUUCUGCUGGUGCGAAAGGAUGUGGCGUUGGUGUCGAAGUUUGAGGAUUUGCAAGACUUGGUGUCGACACUAUGCUCUGCAGCUAAAGACGGUAUGCCACCAGUGGGGCUGAAGCCGUUUUUGCAAGGCAACGUCGGCAGCAUCGCCCGAGCGAGGUGGGGGUCCAACUCCAAAUCUACUCCGAAAUGGGUGGCUGCUCACACAGCCAUGCGAAAAAAGGUGGGGCUGGGUCCUCCAGCUAUUGAGGGCGACAGUGACUUCACGGCCAGGGCCUUCAGCUCUCUGGAGUAUGCCGCCGCAGUUUGCGAGUUUCCAGCUUUGGUGGACGUAUCUCAAAGUUUGUACCGACUUCCCACAGCUCACGACCAGUGUCCUUGCAUGACGACGUCGUCGGACCUUGUUCUCUUGGAAACACCGGAGUCGCGCAGGCGGCUGCUGCCAAACGAGGUCUUGAGCCUGCAAGGCUUCCCUAUGGACACUUUGAAGCCUCCUGCAAGCCUGUCAGCCAGACAGCUUUGCUUCUUAGCUGGAAACACGAUGCAUGUCAGGGCGGUUGGCAUGGCUCUGCUCCUGUGUCUUGCCUUGAUCAAUUGGGGCCCUGCGAGCUCCAAGGAGGGGUCGACAGAAGAUGGAAAAGAGAUUGUCAUUAUGUUCAAGUGGACGAAUAAAAACAAACUGGUGCCAGAUUCUCAGAGCUACUCGCAGAACAGAAAGAAUAAGGCGGCGGCAGCAAGAAGGAAGCCUUCAAAGGAGAUGAAGAAGAAGCCGGCAGCAGCGGGAAUGAAGCGUCGACUAAGUCAGGUUUUUUCCCAGAAAGCGGGCAGCAGCAAGACCGGCGUCGCAGCAACGUCGGCCGCAAAGUCGGGCGCAAAGUCGGCAGCAAAGUCGGCCCCGGAGGAAGUCACCAACCAGCCGAAAGCCGGUCCCGCCAAGAAGGGCGCACGGCUCCUCCUGCAGCUACUGCUGCGCCUGCCCAGCGUCCUACCAUUCCUGACAGCGAAGAGGGUCAAUGACAACCUGCCAGCAAUGCUCUUCAAGCUGAAGCUGGCUACGGAGUCGACCACGGCAGUGAGGUCCCACGUCCCACUUAUGAUCAAAAGGGAGGACGAUGAUUCCGGGCCGCUUGCGCAGAACCAGAUUUCAAAUUAA